GAGGACGUAGUCCGAAUCGUUCGCACGAAAUAUGGAGAUUGGAGGGAAAAAAAUUAAUGAGUUAUCGUUUUUGGGUAGAAUUAGCUAUAGCCUUAGGCUUAUGAGUUACUCGAAGUUCGCCACUUACGAUGUGGCUGGACAGAGUGAAUACGAAAUAAUGUUGUACUUUUUUUUGGGCUUGGCGGGAGUGCUGGGAAACAUAGCCACCUGCAUUGUGAUUGCCAACAAUAGGACCAUGCGCACCAUCACCAAUGCUUAUUUGUUCAAUUUGGCCAUUUCAGAUCUACUGAUAUUGGUUUUUGGCUUUCCACCGUGGAAUAGAUACGUUGAUUAUCGAUACGAUUCGUUUUGCAAAUUAAGGAGCUUGAUGACCGAGUGGCCGAUUUACGUCUCAGUCUUGACCAUCACCGUAUUCAGCGUCGAACGCUACCUCGCGAUCUGUCACCCUUUCAAAGCCCACGUAUUGUCAGAUAUGUCACGAGUUUCUCGGGCCAUCCUUGCGAUCUGGUUGCUGGGCUUUUUUUGCGCGUUGCCGAUGAGUUUGCAAAUCAACCUUGUACCGAAGUUUAAUUUUCUGCAUAAUGUCACCUGUGUGAUGAGUAACUUAACGUCUAGAGCUUUCGAGGUUUCCAGCUUCAUUUCCAGCAUCGUGUUUUUCGUUUUACCCAUGCUGCUGAUAUGCUGUCUCUAUACUCUGAUGGGGAUAAGAUUGAGGAAUUCAGGACUCGUCGAAAAUCAGCAAUUAAACACGAGGGUCAAUGUAAAGGGAAAGAAGGUCAUCAGGAUGCUAGUGAUAGUCGCCGCCGUAUUCUUCGUUUGCUGGGCUCCAUUCCAUUCGCAGCGACUAUUCAUUACGCACUAUAUGAGUUUCCUACAUCGAGGUGUUUACAAGCGAACUUUUACGGAUACUAUUCUCAGUCGCGCAACCGGCCUACUUUACUAUUCAUCCGCUGUUGUCAAUCCGAUAAUUUACAACAUCAUGUCGAAUAAAUUUCGACAAGCGUUUAAGGGUACAUUGAUCAGAGCUUUCGAAAGGCUGCAUUUUUUUCGCUGAUACCAUUACACCUUAUAAUGAUUGAUGAAAAUAAUGUGCAUUAACAGGCUUUUUUAUAAGAUGUGAUACGUUAUUAUAAUGUAAAUAAAAUACAAACGAAUAAUUUAUU